AUGUGGUGUGAUAUACACCCUACAUAUCCCUUUCUUAGUGGAUUGCUGGGCAGGGCUGGGUUUCUUAUCAUGGGGUUGGUUGUAGUUAAGGGGGGUGCUUUCUCCGAGGAGAUAUAUCUAUCUGAGUUCAUUUUCAAUCGCAUACUAGGAUUUGACACGGAUGAAUCCCCAUUUAGUAAUAGCCUGUCUGCCUGCCUGCCUGCCAUUGCAGUGAGGUUCGGGUCUUGCAUAAUUGCAUGUGCGCCUAUGGGGACUGUAUGGACUAUGGGUGUGGGUGAUAGUAUGUAUCCGGCUGCAACGGAUACUCGGACCGUGAAGGGAGGAGGAAGGUGGGUGGGUGGGUGGAAGGAAAGGGGUACACGAGAUAAAGGCAUAAGGCAUAGGUUAUGUCGAUAG